AUUAUUCUAGGCGCCUGUAAUACUUUUUCCUUAUUCCGACCUGACGGCAAAAUUUUAUUGUACUCCGGUAGCUUUCCAUCCCUCAGGGUGGUGAAUCACGGCGGGAGAUCGCCGGCGAAGGCAUCGACCGGAUCGCGAAGCGCUUGUCUUCCUCCUCCAACCUUCUUUGCGAUCUCCUACUCGCUGUUUUGGCACGCCAAACUCUCGGAUUUACUAAAACCGGGAUUUAACAAGCCUAGUAAAAUGGGGUUUUAAAAAACCGCUAGGAUUUUACUUGGAUUUUUUUACCAUUUGGUAGGAUCCAAGAUAAAUCCUGCUUAAAUCCAGCUUAUUCAUAGAAGCCUUAUCGCGGGGCGAUGAGGCCCAGGCUUUUUUACUUGAGUUGCGGGGUCACUCGGCCAUUACACUCGUCAACAGAAAUAAGCGAUUCACUGACGUGGUAGAGGAGAAGAAUACUCAAAUUCAAGCUGUAGAGCGCAGUUUAAGCUUCAAUCUCCCUUCGCUUCCCUGUUCUCAAGAAUCAAGGCAGCAGCUUAUCAUCGACAUUUGGAGCUUAAUCAUGGCUUCCAUUUUCUUCCAAGGGAUAAGAAGCAACCACUUGAUGUUAUACCCAUUAUCUCACCUUAGCAGAAUACAAACUUCUGUUUACCGCACAAUACAAAGGUCACAAAAUCAGACAGAGCUACAGAAAGGGAGCUUCCAAGUACAACAAAAAGUCGAACAAACAUCUUCUAAAACCAUUUCAAGAAAACCACUCAAACAAAAUACAAAAGAAUAUGAAGCAAUAAUCGGCAUAGAGACGCACGUUCAGUUAUCGACAAUCACAAAAGCGUUUUGCAGCUGUGCUUAUCUCUAUGGUUCUCUGCCUAACACCGCAAUUUGCCCAGUUUGCAUGGGUCUCCCUGGAACUUUACCUGUUUUAAAUUCAAAGGUUGUGGAUUUUGCUGUAAAAUUAGCUCUUGCACUUAAUUGUGAGUUAUCUGUGACCUCCAAGUUUGACAGGAAACAAUACUUCUAUCCUGACCUGCCUAAAGGCUACCAAAUAUCGCAAUUUGACAUUCCCAUCGCAACCAAAGGAUUUAUUGAUUUGGAUCUUCCUGUAGAGUUUGGCGGCGGGCACAAGACAUUUGGAAUAACGAGGGUUCAUAUGGAAGAGGAUGCUGGAAAGUUGAUCCACUCUGAUAAUGGGAGUUCCCAGGUGGACCUUAAUAGAGCAGGAGUACCUUUGCUAGAGAUUGUUUCAGAACCUGAUAUGAGAAGCGGUUUGGAAGCUGCGGAGUAUGCAGCUGAGUUACAGAGGCUUGUUAGAUAUCUUGGGGUGAGCAAUGGAAAUAUGCAGGAAGGUUCCCUUCGUUGUGAUGUAAAUGUUUCGGUUAGACCGAGAGGUCAAUUAGAAUUCGGGACGAAGGUUGAGAUCAAGAACAUGAACUCAUUUUCUGCAAUGAACAAAGCAAUUGAUUAUGAGAUAUCCAGACAAGUUCUUCUCCAUAGUCAAGGUCAAAGUGAUCAGAUUGUACAGGAAACUAGACUUUGGGAAGAGGGGUAUCAGAAAACAGUAACAAUGCGCAAAAAAGAAGGGCUUGCCGAUUAUAGGUAUUUCCCCGAGCCUGAUCUUACUGAAGUCAUCCUUGCCGAUGAUUAUAUAGAAAAUAUUCGCCGUUCACUUCCUGAACUUCCAGAAGCAAAGCGUAGGCGCUACGAGAAGAUGGGCUUAAGCAUGCAAGACGUGCUCUUUCUUGCUAAUGAUGUCACUGUGGCGAAAUUUUUUGAUUCUACUCUUCAAAAUGGAGCUGAAGCCAAGUUGGCGGCGAAUUGGAUAAUGGGUGAUAUCUCGGCUCAUCUAAAAAACGAGCAUCUUUCAAUUGACGAGGUUAAAUUGAAACCACAGGAGCUUGCCAUGCUUAUCGCUUCAAUAAAAGAUGGAAUAAUAAGUGGCAAGAUUGGAAAAGAGAUACUUUUUGAGCUCAUAUCCAAAGGAGGAACUGUCAAAAAAAUAAUCGAAGAAAAGGAUCUUGUGCAGAUAGCAGAUGCAGGUGCCAUUGAAGCCAUGGUGGAUAAGAUUCUUGAGGAAAAUCCCAAGCAGCUGCAACAGUAUCUCGGAGGGAAAAUUAAGCUGCAGGGCUUUUUUGCUGGCCAGGUGAUGAAGGAGUCGAAGGGCAAGGCAAAUCCAGCGCUUCUGAACAAGAUUCUUUCAGAAAAAUUGAAUGCCAAGAGUUUAUGAAGAAAAAUGUGCAUUUUUUAUAAUAUUUGGCUUUUAUUUAUUUAUAUAUUUAUUGAAGCUUUGAGAGGGUUCAUGAUUCAGAAAUGCAGAUAACAAGCCUAGAGAUGUGUCUCAGGAUGCGAUGGAUGUAUUUAUAAAGGUGCUUUUGAUAAUUACUGUAAAUUAUUUUUCAGAAUUUUAUUUAA